AUGAUGGGAUCCUUACGUCUGUUACUGCUCGCCUUUGGGCUGCUCAGCUUGCAUGUCUCUGUUUCUGCUGCUUUCGCUUUCAAGGAUUCUCAACUGCCUUCGAAAGGGUACAAGGCUGUAGUUAUACAGAGUAAGGACUGGGCGCAGCAAAGAGCGGGCUCUCCCCAAACGGUAUCUGCGGUGUGUACGGAAAGUGAGGUUAUCUUGACCAUCAACCCUGAUCUGUUUGGUACUCGGCAUCCUGUCCAGGCGUCCGAUUUAACACUAGGAGGAUGUGGAGUAACUAGCCAAGUGCCCACACCUCCCGCCUUUGUAAUUGAAGGUCUACUACAGGGAUGUGGUGGUAUCCUUACAAUGUCUGCUGAUGAAAUGGUAUACAGCUUCACCCUUGAUUACAGUCCCUCUCAAAUUCCUGGUAUUCCAAUUGUACGAAAUAACCCAGCUGUGGUGCAGAUUGAAUGCCAUUAUCCCAGGCUUCAGAAUGUUAGCAGUAAUGCAUUUAAUCCUACUUGGGACCCCUAUACAUCCACCAAAUCUGCUGAAGACAUUUUGGGAUUCUCUCUGAUUAUAAUGAACAGUGACUGGAGUGGACCACGUUCUUCCAAGACCUUCUACCUAGGUGACCUAAUUAGCCUUCAGGCAUCUGUAGACAACACUAACCAAGUGCCUCUGCGACUCUUUGUGGACAACUGUGUGGCGGCUUCUGCUACAGAUGGUUCUGCUCCAUCAUACACCUUCAUUAGUAACCAUGGGUGUUUCAUUGAUGGCAAGACAACCAACUCCAAUUCCCACUUUGUAACUCCCAGAGUUAAUUCAUCCAUCCUUCAGUUUGAACUUGAUGCUUUCAGGUUCUAUGGUGUGGCUACAAGCUCGGUGUUCAUUACCUGUACUCUGAAGGUGACAUUGGCUUCUCAGGCUACUGACUCCUUGAACAAGGCCUGUUCUUAUAUACCUGGACUGAGCCAGUGGACAUCUGUAGAUGGCAGUGACCAGGUAUGCAGUUGCUGUGAUACCAGCUGUGUUCCUAGCCUCCCUGGAAGGAAGAGAGCAGAGAAACUUAAACCUAGACCAAGGAGGAGUGCCCUAACCAUACCUGCUGAGUGGGAGAAGACCCUUGUUGUGGGCCCCCUAUUCCUGGAAGCAAAACUUCAGCCUGUGGUAUCAGAACAUCUGACUGCUAUGGAAGCGCAACCAUCUGGUUCAUCUGUGCUGAUCCUGGGUUUAGUGUUGGGUGUAUUGGCUCUGACCUGUUCUGCUUUCCUUGGUUUCUUGUACCAGAAACGUUUAACUUCUAAUUAAACUGGCUGAAACAUUU